UAUUAUGCAAGUGUGAACACAUAUAGAUAUCACAGUCUCUGCUGCUUGUAUAUUUAUUGAGUCUCUGCUGCUUGUAUAUUUACUGACUUCUCAUAGUCAUUCAUAUAUAUCAAACCAUAUGAAUCAUAAUAAUACGUGCACUCAAACUUUGUAUUCCACAGCCCGUAUGGAAGCCAUUUCAGCCUCUGUAGAGCAAUCAAUCCGACAGUAUGACGGGGAAAAAGAAAUGAAAGAGAUUGACGAAACGAGAGCCGGUGUUAAAGGACUAGCAGAUUCAGGGAUGCUCAAGAUACCAAAAGUCUUCAUAAACCAGCCGGAGAAAUCAUGCAAAGCCGACGGUGUUAACCUCCAAGUACCCGUCAUUGAUUUUGCAGGCCUUGAAAGUAGUGGUGUUCGGCGAAUGGAAAUUGUGGAAGAAAUUCGGAAAGCUUCUGAAAAUUGGGGAUUCUUUCAAAUGAUUAACCACGGAAUUUCGUUCAGCGUUUUGGAUGGAAUGUUGAAAGGAGUGAGACGGUUCCAUGAACAACCUAGUGAGGCCAAGCUGGAACUCUAUUCUCUUGCUUCUACGCGAAGUGUGAGAUUUUACAACAACGAAAGUUUCCUGAAAUCUAAAGAUUGGAGGGAUACAUUAAGCGUUCAAUUUCUUGACGACACUUUAGUGGAUCCAGACAUGUUAUCCCCAACUUGCAGGUUUGAAGUAGAAGAAUACAUGAAAUGGGUGAUAAAAUUGAAAGAGACGUUGGCUGAAUUGCUGUCAGAGGCUCUAGGGCUAAACAAGAACUAUCUUUCGGACAAAGAAUACAUGACAAGUGGAUCAUUACUGUGCCAUUAUUAUCCAGCUUGCCCCCAGCCGGAGAUGACUCAUGGCAUUAUUCCGCAUUCGGACUUGCCCUUUCUAACUAUUCUUCUCCAGGACAAUGUUGGUGGCCUCCAAGUUCAUCAUCAGAAUCAGUGGGUUGAUUUGAAACCUUUGCAAGGAUCUCUUAUAGCCAACAUUGGAGAUCUUAUGCAGCUUAUUACCAACGACAAGUUCAACAGCGUGAAGCAUAGAGUACUAGCUACAUCUGUCAAAUCGAGGGUAUCAGUGGCUUGUUUCUUCAGACAAAGCACUCGAAUUAUAUCCAGGCCAAUUGGACCAAUAGAGGAGCUUCAGGGUCCUCCACUAUACAAGAAAGUCAUUUUCGCAGAUUAUGUUGCCCGUUAUAAGUCCGAUAGAAAAGAUUGUACUGGUACUCUAGCUCAUUUCAAGCAGUGAUGACGAGCCACCACUAUCUAUACUCCUUAAAAUGAAAAUAAAGUUUGAAGUGCCAAGAGGCAAUUUUCAAAAAUCAAGAGGGGUCCGGAGGCCAUACCCCCUAGUCUAUUUAUGGAUCCGCCAUUGUAGACGUUUCUUCAAGGGGGAGUCAUAGUUUUGUUGAUUUUAUUUCUUACUAUCCUUUCUACCAAAAAUGAGGACGUUUAUAUACCUACUGUGAAGAUAUUGGUGUUUACACUUGUUUCCCUUAGCCGUUUAGGGGCUCUAUUGUCUUUUAUUUUUAUUGUUCUAUAAAAUAGUCAUACUAUCAGCUAUGCUUUAAGGU